AUGAAAACUCCGACAAAGCCAGAUACCAGGUCUCUGUGCACACGCGCCAGCCUUGCCACGGAGCUUCGCCUUGUCCUCUGCGCAGGCGACACAGUGCUUGUACAUUCAUCAUUGAGCAAAGUUGGUUGGGUCUGCGGCGGCGCCGAGGCCCUUGUCCGCGCUCUUCUCGACGUUGUCCGUGAUAGCGGCACACUCGUCGUUCCCAUGCAUACGUCCGAGAACUCCGACCCGACGGAGUGGUGCGCGCCGCCCGUACCAGAAUCAUGGUGGCCGACGAUCCGGGGUUCGAUGCUAGCCUUUGACCCGGCGCAGUCCCGGACGCGACAGAUGGGCGUGGUGCCCGAGACCGUACGCGGGUGGCCGGGGAUGCGACGCAGUGUCCACCCGCAGACCUCCUUCGCAGCCGUGGGCUCGCGCGCCGCGGCUAUCACCAGUGGGCACGCGCUCGACAGCAUGAUGGGCGACGAGAGUCCGCUGGCGCGUUUAGAGGAGGUGGUGGGCGCCAAGGUGAUGCUGAUUGGCGUGAGCUGGGACAGGUGCACAGCGUUCCACCUUGCGGAGAGCCGGCUGGCGUCGACGCCACGCAAAGCAAACUCGUUCGCGGCCAUAGUGGAUGGCAACCGGCAGUGGGUAACUGUAGAAGAUAUGGAGGCUGAUUCAGACGACUUUGAGGGUCUUAGUGCGGUAUUUGAAGCACAGACGGGUGCCGUCACGAGAUUUAUGAUUAGGGCGGCAGAGAUCAGAGUGUUUUUAAUGAGCGAGGCGCUCGAAUUUGCAGAGAAGUGGCUUCUUAAACAUCGUGCAAAGUAG